AUCCUUUGCUGGCAGAGUUUUGCCGCCUUUCCCCGCCUACGGGCUCCUGUCGAAUCAGAGGCGCCGCUGAUACCAGACGGUCUUUUGAAAUAAUUUCUCGCGACAAAGAAGAAUCCGUUUCUUGUCGAAGAGCGUCUCCCUCCCCACCGUCCUGUCUCCCUCGUGUCCUGUCAAGGGAUUUCGUGGACCAUGGAUGACCUCUUCGAUGUCUUUGAGGACCAGCCUCAAGGACUGAAGCCUGCGGACGAUGUUCAAAGACCGCGGCCGAAGAAAGACAAGACCAAGAAGCGCCAGGCUAAUGGGGAUGUGAAGGAGAAUGGUGCAACGGAAGAGAAGAAGGACGAGGCAGCGCUGUCUGCUCCGCCAGCUGCGGAUGCCGAUACUGACAUGACGGAGGCACCUAGCGCACAGAACGGGCAACCAGAACCCAAGCGACAGCGUCUCGAUCAAGAGGCAGAACCUCUGGUCGCAGACACGUUCGAAACAGAACAGGAACGUGAAGUCGCAGCAUCUGGUCUUGGAGAAACCGGUGAUGCAUCAAAACGGGUGGUGCUCUCGCACCAGGUCCGCCAUCAGGUCGCCGUCCCGCCAAACUACCCAUACGUGCCUAUCUCGCAACACAAACCGCCGGAGAACCCCGCAAGAACAUGGCCCUUCACUUUGGAUCCCUUCCAGCAGGUAGCGGUCGCGUCGAUCCAGAGAGAAGAGAGUGUCCUUGUUUCGGCCCAUACUAGUGCAGGAAAGACGGUGGUGGCCGAAUACGCCAUUGCGCAAAGUUUGAAGAACAACCAGAGAGUCAUCUAUACGAGUCCGAUUAAGGCCCUGAGCAAUCAGAAAUACCGAGAGUUCGCGGCGGAAUUUGGCGACGUGGGUCUGAUGACUGGUGAUGUUACGAUCAACCCAACAGCUACUUGUCUCGUCAUGACGACAGAGAUUCUCCGGUCUAUGUUGUAUCGCGGCUCUGAGAUUAUGCGAGAAGUUGCGUGGGUGGUCUUCGAUGAGAUCCAUUAUAUGCGCGAUGCUACCCGAGGUGUAGUCUGGGAGGAGACUAUCAUUUUGUUGCCCGAUAAGGUCCGAUACGUCUUCCUGUCCGCUACCAUUCCGAACGCUAUGCAGUUUGCCGAAUGGAUCACCAAGAUGCACAAUCAGCCUUGUCACGUUGUGUACACCGAUUUCCGACCAACACCCCUCCAGCACUAUUUCUUCCCCGCCGGUGCUGAUGGUAUCCAUCUGAUUGUCGACGAAAAGGGCGUCUUCCGUGAGGAAAACUUCCAGAAGGCCAUGAGCUCGAUCUCUAGCAAGAAAGGUGAUGAUCCUGCAGAUGCCAUGGCCAAACGGAAGGGUAAGGGCAAGGACAAGAAAUUGAACAAGGGCGGCACCAAGGGACCAUCGGACAUCUACAAGAUCGUGAAAAUGAUCAUGCUAAAGAACUACAAUCCCGUCAUCGUUUUCAGUUUCAGCAAACGCGAGUGCGAAGCCGGCGCUUUGCAAAUGAGUUCAUUGGCUUUCAACGACGAUUCGGAGAAGGAGAUGGUUUCGAAGGUUUUCGACAGUGCUAUUGAAAUGCUGUCUGAGGAGGACAGGAAUCUCCCGCAGAUCCAGAACAUUUUGCCUUUGCUCCGUCGUGGAAUCGGCGUCCAUCACUCGGGACUGCUCCCUAUUCUCAAAGAGACCAUUGAGAUUCUUUUCCAGGAAGGUCUCAUUAAGGUCCUUUUCGCCACAGAAACUUUCUCCAUCGGUCUGAACAUGCCGGCUAAGACAGUAGUUUUCACAAGCGUGAGAAAGUUCGACGGGUUUAGUCAACGUUGGGUGACACCAUCUGAAUUCGUGCAGAUGUCUGGUCGUGCUGGUCGAAGAGGUCUUGAUGACCGUGGUAUCGUUAUCAUGAUGGUUGGAGAAGAGAUGGACCCAGCAGUGGCCAAGGAAAUCGUCCGGGGCGAACAGGACCGACUGAAUUCAGCGUUCCACUUGGGCUACAACAUGAUUCUGAAUCUCAUGCGUGUGGAAGGCAUCUCACCGGAGUUCAUGCUCGAGAGAUGCUUUUAUCAGUUCCAGAACACCGCGAGCGUGGCAGGUCUCGAGAAAGAGCUUCACGAGCUGGAGGCACAGCGGGCCGAGAUGAACAUCCCAGAUGAGGGAACGAUUCGCGAGUAUUACGACCUCCGGAAGCAACUUGCAGGUUUCACGGAGAAUAUGCAGGACGUUAUUAGCCACCCCAACUACUGUCUUCCCUUCAUUCAGCCCGGAAGACUCGUGCAAAUCAAACACGGUGACUACGACUUCGGCUGGGGUGUGCUGGUCAACUACAAGGAACGGAGGGCUCCGAAGAAUUCGACAGAGAAGAUUGAAGAUCACCAGAGAUACGUGGUCGAUGUCCUGCUCAAAGUCGCCAAGGGAACCACCUCGGGCACGAAGACCCAUCAAGAUCUUCCUAAGGGAGUGAGACCGCCUGAGGAUGGAGAGGAAUCUCGCAUGGAAGUCGUCCCGGUGGUGCUGAACUGCAUCAAAGCCAUCUCCCAUAUCAGAAUCUUCUUGCCCAAGGACUUGCAGUCUCCGGACUCGAGAAAUGGAGUCGGGAAAAGCCUAGCUGAGGUGCAGAAGCGCUUCCCUGAUGGGAUCGCUCUGCUUGACCCCAUCGAGAACAUGGGGAUCAAGGAUGAUUCGUUCAAGAAACUGUUGAGAAAGAUUGAGGUUCUCGAGUCACGACUCCUUGCUAACCCACUCCACAACUCGCCUCGUCUGCCCGAACUCUACGACCAGUAUGCGAAAAAGCUCGAGCUCGGAACCAAGAUCAAGGCCACCAAGAAGAAGAUUUCGGAUGCGAUGUCCGUCCUGCAGCUUGACGAGCUCAAGUGCCGUAAGCGUGUCCUGCGUCGAUUCGGUUUCAUCAACGAGGCGGAAGUCGUGCAGCUCAAGGCACGAGUUGCGUGUGAGAUCAGCACCGGCGAUGAGCUCAUGCUCAGUGAGCUCCUGUUCAACGGUUUCUUCAACAAACUCACGCCGGAGCAGGUGGCUGCUGUUCUGAGCGUCUUCGUCUUCGAGGAGAAGACGAAGGAAACACCUGCUCUGACCAAGGACGAGCUGGCCCGCCCGCUCAAGGAGAUCCAGGCUCAAGCGAGAAUCAUCGCCAAGGUCUCCCAGGAAUCGAAGCUGGCCGUUAACGAGGACGAGUAUGUACAGAGCUUCCACUGGGAGCUGAUGGAGGUGAUUUACGAAUGGGCCAACGGUAAAUCCUUUGCGGACAUCUGUAAGAUGACGGACGUCUACGAAGGCAGUUUGAUCCGGGUGUUCCGUCGGCUGGAAGAGUGUCUGAGACAGAUGGCGCAGGCCGCCAAGGUCAUGGGCAGUGAGGAAUUGGAGAACAAGUUCGAGACGGCGCUCACCAAGGUGAGAAGGGAUAUCGUUGCCGCCCAAUCGCUGUACCUGUAAGCCUGGGAGACAUUCUUGGUAUCUCUUUAUUGUGCUGUGUACAUUUCUGUCUUUCUCGUUUGAUCCUCGUGGGUGCUUGUAAGGCAUAGCUUUGGCGUCAUGGCAGGUCAGGACCUGUGAGGCGGUUAACAGUAACAGGAAAAGCUCUGAAUGAAUGAAAGAAUUUUAGCCACUGGUCCAACGGCCAGAUCGGAAACCCAACGGUCUGAAUCGUAAGCGAGCUGUAGGUUAGUUAAAUUAGUUGGUUAAUUAAUUAAUUAAUAUUAAUAUCCACGUAGUGCUUGGGCGUUUGC